CUCAGCAGGGAUUUCAGAAUUUCAGGAGCAGAAAACCAAGUCUUCGCCAACUUGCUCCGGCUACCACCCAAUCCAAUCUUCUCUCUCUCUCUCUACAUAUAUACAAGUAGAGGGCAUCCAUCCAUGUCUCUGCUUCUCGAUCAGCAUCUAUAUAUGGCAGAACAGGAGACCUUCCACAAGUUCUUCAACUGCUGGAUCACCGAGCAAGACUGCCUCCUCCAAGAACUCACAUCCGCUGCCGCCUCUAACGACGACGACACCGUGCUCCGGCCACUCGUCGUCCGAGUCCUUCAGCAUUACGAGCACUACUACGGAGCCAAGUCUCGCUGGGCCCGGGACGACAUCUUCUCCAUGUUCUCCCCCUCCUGGACCACCACUCUGGAGAAUGCCUUCCUCUGGAUCGGCGGCUGGCGCCCCUCCAUGGCCUUUCACCUCCUCUUCUCCAAGUCCGGCCUUCAGCUCGAGCAGGCCCUGGAGGUCCUGAUUCGCGGCCUCUGCUCUGGCGACCUCGCCGACCUCAGCCCUGCCCAGGUAUCCCAGGCCGACAACUUGCAGCGCCACACCAUAAGGGAGGAGAAGGAGAUCACCGAGGAGAUGGCCAAGCACCAGGAGACCAUCGCCGAUCCCUCCAUGGUGGAGCUAUCCCACGAGGUCUCCGAGCUGCUCCGGAAUGGCGGCGGCUUCGGGGGCGAGGCGGAGACGGAGCGGUUAGAGUCGAACAUAGCGGCGAAGGAGAAGCGGCUGAAGGAGAUACUCCAGAGGGCGGAUGACCUACGGCUGAGGACACUCAAGGGAGUGGUUGACAUUUUGACUCCGGUCCAGGCCGUCCAUUUCUUGAUUGCGGCGGCUGAGUUGCACCUCCGGCUUCACGACUGGGGCAGGAGACGGGACGCCGUCCACGCCGCCGCCAACAACCAGCCUGAUGAUGGACUUCGUGGCCCUUGAUUGGAUGGUGGAGAUUGCGGGUUGCACGUCCAGCAGAGUGAGAAGGGUGCAACGUAGCAAUGCCUUUUCUUAUUAAGGUUAGGAAAUAUGUAUAACAUAAUAGUAAUAGAAAUAAUAAUAAUAAUAUAUAUCUAAUAUGGGUGGUAAUAUAUCUAAUAUAUAAAAUAUUUCUUCUUCUUAUUAAGUCUAAAUCUGCCACUGUGUACACACCGAUAUGUACUGGUUUGCUGUUUGUCCAGUCAAAAGAAAUUGUCAAA